CCGGCUUGCUCCAGGGAUGUUACCUGUGAUGGACUUGAUAUAAAACCAGAGCACGCAGUUUCUCCCUCACUGUGGCCACUUAGCCGAUAGUUACAACUGCAGUUUUGCGGGACACAAACUGCUCUAAUGGUCUCAAGUGCUUUUUACCGCCGCUGGGUUUUUUUUUAAAUGUGUUUUAUGUGUUUGCGCUCAACAGUGAGGUAGACUUAUUCGGACACAUUUUACAGGAGCGUCGGCGUGUGAUUGAUCCCGUGGAUGCGGCUGUCGGGGUCGGUGUCUGAGCCCUGCAGGACCAGCCUGUCAUAGGGCAUCAUGAUGUCUCUGGUCGCUCACAAGUGGAUGAGGAAUAUUUCUCCGGAGAUGCUGCUGUUGAUGCUGAUACUGUGGUUUUUACCUCUGACUGGAGCGGCUCCCUCUCUGACUACCGAGCAGCUGGACACGGGGGUGGACUGGCUGAGUAAGUUUGGCUACCUCCCGCCCCCUGACCCAGUGACUGGUCAGCUUCAGACCAAGGAGGCCCUGACCAAGGCUAUCAAAGCCAUGCAGAAGUUUGGAGGGCUGAAGGAGACCGGAGUCUUCGACCAAGCCACACUGGGUCUAAUGAAAACGCCCAGAUGUUCUCUGCCAGAUGUGUCUGAGACAGAGGUGGCAAUGGGCCGCAGGAAACGAGGCCUGACUCCUCAGAACAAAUGGAAUAAGAGACAUCUAUCCUGGAGUGUCAGGGUGUUCUUUGAUGUAAGCAGUUCUUUAUGGAGGNNCACUGUUCGAGCCCUGAUGUACUACGCCUUGAAGGUCUGGAGUGAUAUCGCGCCACUUAACUUCCACGAGGUGGCAGGGAGUGAUGCAGACAUUCAAAUCGACUUCACUAAAGCUGACCACAAUGAUGGAUAUCCCUUUGAUGGGCCAGGGGGAACUGUGGCCCACGCAUUUUUCCCCGGAGAGAGGUUCACAGCUGGGGAUACGCACUUUGAUGAUGAUGAGGCGUGGACCUUCAGAUCUCCAGACUCUCAUGGGAUGGAUCUGUUUGCGGUCGCUGUCCAUGAGUUUGGUCAUGCCAUCGGCCUGGUCCACACCUCAGCCAUCGAGUCCAUCAUGAGACCGUACUACCAGGGUCCUGUAGGAGACCCUUUGAAAUACGACCUACCAUAUGAGGACAAGGUCCGCGUCUGGCAGCUCUACGGUGUCAGAGACUCAGUGUCCCACACAAAUCGACCAGGCAGCCCCUCCCAGACGGCUGAACCUCCUGUCCUGCUGGACCUUCCUGAAAACAGAUCCACUCUCCUGUUGGCGCGAGAUGCCCCAGACAGAUGCACCAGUCACUUUGAUGCUGUGGCCCAAAUACGAGGGGAGGCCUUCUUUUUCAAAGGGAAGUACUUCUGGCGACUAACUCGAGAAAAGCACCUGGUGUCUCUGCGUCCGGCUCAGAUCCAUCGCUUCUGGAGGGGCCUUCCACCCAAUCUGGAUGGCGUGGAUGCUGUGUAUGAGAGGCCUGGGGACCACAAAAUAGUCUUUUUUAAAGGUCUGAAGUAUUGGGUAUUUAAAGACAAUAACGUGGAGGAGGGUUACCCUCGUUCUAUCAGUGACUUCGGCCUACCUUCGGAUGGCGUUGAUGCUGCCUUUGUUUGGCUACACAACGACAAAACCUACUUCUUCAAGGACAACCACUACUGGCGCUACGAUGACCACCUGAGGCGUAUGGACCUGGGCUACCCUAAAGACAGCACACUUUGGAAGGGGCUGCCACCAAAUCUGGACGAUGCCAUGAGGUGGUCUGAUGGCUCGUCCUAUUCUUUCCAAGGGAAGAGUACCUGGCGAGUGCCUAGCAGCGACAUGGAGGUGGAGGCGGCCUACCCCCGCCUCACCGCUACAGACUGGCUGCUGUGCACCGAAGUGCAGUCGGACUCCCGGACCACAGAGCCAAGAAGGCAAAGACGAGAGGCAAACGUGCACCCAUCACCCGGACCACGCCCAGAGAAUGGAUACGAGGUGUGCUCCUGCACCUCUGACACUGCCUCGCCUGUUAGGCCACGCGCCCUCCCCGUCAACCCCCCUGGUGGCUGCUGCCACCUUCUCUGGAGCUCUCGCUCGGGCCCUCUACACUCUGAAAUGCUAUGA